GUAUGCUGCUGAACCGCUCCAGGGUUGUGACGUGGUGAUUGGUCCGUAAACUGCACUCCGAAAACUACUAAGUCAGUAUCAACUACGUUGUGAUUAGGUUACUGUGUAUCUAUGAUACACAGAUAAGACUUUUACUUCGCGUGGAAUAAAUAGUUUAUUAUCUCGUCUGAACGGAUCCUGUCCGUUGGCUGCUCAUUUGUUUGAUUAGCUCAUCCGAGUCGCUCUGAUAGUUUCUGCUGUGACUGAAUAACCGGAGCAGCAUGAAGCUCUACAGCCUCAGCGUCCUGUACAAAGGAGCGACCAAAGCAAACCUCCUGAAAGCGGCCUACGACCUCAGCUCCUUCAGCUUCUUUCAGCGCUCCAGUGUUCAGGAGUUUAUGACCUUCACCAGUGCCUUGAUUGUUGAACGGACAUCACAAGGAAGCCGUGCCUCUGUCAAAGAACAAGAAUACCUGUGCCAUGUGUAUGUGAGAAAUGACAACCUGAGUGCUGUAGUCAUAGCAGAUACUGAAUACCCACAGAGAGUCUGUUUCACAUUGCUAGACAAGGUAUUAGAGGAGUUUUCCAGGCAAGUGGACAGUAUAGACUGGCCUUCUGGUAACCCUGAAACCAUAAACUACAAAGCUCUGGAUAUUCACCUGUCUAAAUACCAGAAUCCCAGGGAAGCAGAUGCAAUGACCAAAGUACAAGCAGAACUUGAUGAGACAAAGAUCAUUUUGCACAACACCAUGGAAAGUCUGCUGGAGCGAGGAGAGAAGCUGGAUGAUCUUGUUGCAAAGUCAGAGCAUCUGGGAAACCAGUCCAAAGCCUUCUAUAAGACUGCACGGAAACAAAACUCAUGCUGUGAAAUAAUGUGAUGCCGCUGCCUCGUCCUCGUGGACACACACCUCUUUCUCUGCCUUUCUGCUUUCCUACAACUCCCAUCAUGCACCAGCCACCAGCUCUCAACACUAAAGGACAGUUCCGGGCGCCGUGUGAUCCCGGGCGGAGCGCCGGGAUGAGGAAAGGGGUGGUCUGUCCGGAUCGUGACUGAUGGGCGCUGAAGGAGUGAUGGGGUUUGGUCCAGGGAAGAAGUGAACGUUUGAGUUCUUUUAACCUUUCAAAGGGUAACAAUCUGUGUGGUGUUUCAGUACCAGCUGAGGACAUAAUAGUGUGAAGUCGUGUAUUGGUGACGUGUCGUUGAAACAUCUUCAAAAACCAUUUAAUGUUAUUCAGAUUGAACCGAGUCUUAACAGUUUGAUCUCAGCUCUUAACGUUUCUCAGAGUGUUAAUGACGGUUGUGCUUUCACUUGGACGCACCUCUGACAAUCUCACAGUCUUAUACUGUGAAUAAAUACAGUAUGUUUUAAAUCCUUCACAAAUUUUUUUUUUUUUUGUUUUGCAGCCAUUACCCCUCACUGCUCAGUAAGUGGCACUGUCUAUUUGCUCUAUUAUUUCACUCAGCCUCAACAAAGGGGUCAAACGAAAAGAUGUAAGAUCCAAGACAGUAAGUUGCUGCCUGGACAUGCAUAUCAAAAUCUCUCAAACUGAACAAAGAUUUUUCUUUGGAUUAAGUUACUUAAUUUUUUCUUUUUUUUCUAUCUUACCAUGUUCAGUGAAUCUUAAACAUUCCCAUGUAGAGUGAUUGUGUAAUUGAUUGCAGGUAGAUGUAACAUGUAGGAAGCUGUUCUCCAUACUGUAGAUGCAGCCUUCUUGCUUCAUUACUAACAUUCAGCCUGUUUAAGCUUAUAUUGUCUAAUGGAAAGCUCUUUUGUUUUACUCUGCAAACGAUAUUGAUAAAACGCAUAUAAGCAGUUUUUUUGUUAAAGAGUGCAUGGACUUGCUCAGACUUGUGUACCUCUCCUACCUGGGAUCACUGGUUCAUGGAGGUGAUUCUAGGCGGAGCUUCAGCCUUGGGAGCUGCAGCACACUUUGGCCUCUGUGGAGCACAUUUCCUGCCAAAAUCUAACAAACAUGUUUUCCCUUUCACCAACAAAUGCAGUGUGGUUUGUAAAUAGAAAGCAGGAUUGACUGAGGCAUUUUGUUUUGUAAACUGAAAAUGCACCCAUGAGCUGCAAUUUUAAUUUUUUUUAAAGCACUGAAAUGUUUACAUUUCUUAUCCAAAUUCAGUUGGUUUUUGUGUUUAAUUAGAAUUUUAAAAUCAGGGUUUGAUAUUGGUUGAGAAAUGUAAAUCUUCUAGUGUUUUUUAUAUUGAUUAAAAAUGCAGCUUGUCUGAUCCAAAAUGGCGGUGACCGAUGUUCAAUGUGGUCUCACAUCUGUGCCGUUCACUAUAUUAAUGCUGAUUUUUUUUUUCCACUGAAAUGUGUCCUCUACAACAGCAGGUGGUGCUAGUUGUCAGUUUAAAAGCACAAGUGUUAUGCUGAGUUCUGUAGAUCAGCUCUUUAAAUAAACACCCACUUUGAAGGUUAUUUUCAGACAUUGUAAGGAUUAAAUUAAAUGAUGUUACCCGUUACAUUUUGGGCUGUUUUACCUUAUUCUCAUUUUGUCAACUGAGUCAGAAAAGGUUUUUAAAAAUGGUUAUAAUGUGAUUAAUAGGAGAAUAAAUUCUAUAUGAGCAAACAUUUAAUUCACAGCACUGUUCCUGUCAUCGUCCUUAAUGUUCCCAUUAAAUGCUAAACAUGUCCAUUAGAAGCAUGUGGACUAACAACCACUGGUGAUUAUUGAUGUCUGUUUACGUGGAACGCAUGGAAUGUUCUUCUACUGUUUGAGUCAUGUGUUGUGUCCUUGAGUGAGCUUUUCCUAUUUUGUGACCUUUAAGAAAUGUGCUUUAGUUCAAUGAGCAGAAGUCAAAUGUAUGAUAACAGUUAAUGCUGAAACAAUCCAAAAUAUAACAUGGGUAACAUCGUAUGACAAUUUUGAAACAUGUUUUGUAAUGACAUUUUGGCAGGAACAUGGCUCCAUACCUCUUGUUCCAGCCUAGUCAGUUUUCUUAAAGUGUGUAAGUGACAGAUACAUAGUGAACUCAGAUGUGUUUUAAUUUCACACACUCCACUGCUGACAUUUGUUUAUCAGUUUCUUGGUUUGAAUGCGUUAAAGUGAUGCCUUCACUUGUGUAUUUGACAUGUCAGACUUUUUCUGCUGUUUGUGCGCGUACGUGUGAUUCGCUGAUGUUCAACAUCUACUGGCUGCAUAGAUCUUUGAGUGCCUGUGUGUGAGGACUGUGGUGUGUACUGUAUGUGUGUGUGUGUGUGCUCUAUCUGCUUUUACAGUGUAAACAUUUGUGCAAUAUCUCUGCAGACUAUUGGUGUGCGUCUCUCUUCAAAGCUGAGAGAAUAAAUUAACGUAUAUCUCACUGAAGACAGUAAAUUGACCUUUGUAUAUUCUGUUAUUAUAAUUAACUCCCAUGUGAAGCUCAUGGAAGGUGGUUUUGGGGAUAUUUGUUGAAUUUCAAAGUGUAAAAUCUGAAAACUCGUCAGACAGAUGACAUUAUGCUGUAGCGGUUUGCAGGUCAGCUCUUCCUGACCAGUGUGUUUUAUGGCGAACAUGAUCAAUUUUGAUCCUAAUAUGGUCUAAAAUUUUAAACAACUUCAGAUAAUAAAUGUUUUUUUCUGUCUGUA